AUGCAGGCUAAUAAACUGCCGAAAAAUCCACGCGAAUCUGCGGGGAUUUUCUCCAUUUUAAUGUUCUGCUUCGCAUUGCCCAUUCUUUUCAAGGGCAGAAAGAAGACUUUAGAGCCCACCGAUCUUUAUACGACCUUAAAAGGACACAAAGCGGAUACUCUGGGCGAUAAAUUCUUCGAGACUUGGCAGGCAGAAGCCAAGUCCUGUCGGGAUAAACCCAAAAAGGAACCAAGUAUAUUAAAGGUUAUAGCAAAGGUAUUCGGAUGGAAACUGUUCGUAUCCGGCAUAUUUUGUGGAAUUUUAGAAUUGGGAACAAGAGCUACUUUACCACUUAUUCUGGGAGCUCUGAUAUCCGAAUUUACCAGGAAUGGAAAUGGAGAUGGACUAUGGGCGCAAAUUUAUGGAUUAACCCUGGUUUUAACCACUCUGCUUUCAGUUCUUAUGUUUCAUCCCUUUAUGAUGGGUAUGAUGCAUCUGGCCAUGAAAAUGAGAGUGGCAGUGAGUACGGCUAUAUAUCGAAAAGCUCUUCGAUUAAGUCGCACUGCAUUGGGAGAUACAACGACGGGUCAAGUCGUUAACCUUAUAUCCAACGAUCUGGGCCGCUUCGAUCGGGCCUUAAUUCACUUCCACUUUCUGUGGUUGGGGCCGUUGGAGUUGCUCAUAUCCUCGUAUUUCCUAUACCAACAAAUUGGAAUAGCCUCACUUUACGGAAUCGGGAUACUACUUCUAUAUCUUCCUAUUCAAACCUUUAUGAGCAGACUCACUUCGAGGCUGAGACUGCAAACAGCCCUAAGAACCGAUCAGAGGGUUAGGAUGAUGAAUGAGAUUAUAUCGGGCAUCCAGGUGAUUAAAAUGUACACCUGGGAGAAGCCCUUUGGAAGACUAAUCGAGAGACUGCGACGCAGUGAGAUGAGCUCCAUUCGCAAGGUGAACUAUAUCCGAGGUACUCUUCUAUCGUUUGAGAUUACUCUGGGUAGGAUUGCGAUAUUCGUGAGCCUUCUGGGAUUUGUCCUGAUGGGCGGAGAAUUGACUGCAGAGAGGGCUUUCUCCGUAACCGCUUUCUACAACAUCCUGCGACGCACAGUGACCAAAUUCUUCCCGAGUGGUAUGUCGCAAUUUGCUGAAAUGAUGGUUACCCUUAGAAGAAUUAAAGUAUUUAUGAUGAGAGAUGAAUCUGGAGUUCCGGAACUUGAAGUUGGACAUAUAAAUGGGCUAUUCAAAGAAAAACCCCUCGUGGAAUUGCAAGCUUUUCGAGCCCGCUGGAAUCAGGAGCACGUGGAACCCACUUUGGAUAAUAUAAACAUCAGUCUGAAGCCACCACAAUUGGUGGCUGUUAUUGGACCUGUGGGUUCGGGUAAAUCCAGCCUAAUUCAGGCUAUACUAGGAGAACUUCCUUGUGAGUCUGGAAAGCUAAAGGUCCAGGGAAAAUUUUCGUAUGCCUCCCAGGAACCCUGGCUUUUCAACGCCUCCGUUAGGGAUAAUAUUCUAUUCGGUUUGCCCAUGGAUAAGCAGCGGUAUCGUAAUGUCGUUAAAAAGUGUGCUUUGGAAAGAGAUUUCGAGCUGCUUCAGGGAGAUCGCACUUUUGUGGGCGAAAGGGGAGCCUCCCUAUCCGGAGGUCAAAGAGCCAGGAUCAGUUUAGCCAGAGCUGUUUAUCGGCAGGCAGAUACCUAUCUCCUCGACGAUCCUUUAAGCGCCGUGGAUACCCACGUAGGUCGUCAUUUAUUCGAGGAGUGCAUGCGUGGCUUUCUCAGAAAUAAACUAGUGAUCCUAGUGACCCAUCAACUGCAAUUUCUGGAGCAUGCCGAUCUCAUUGUGAUAAUGGAUAAGGGAAAAAUAAGUGCUAUUGGCACAUAUGAGGAAAUGCUUAAAAGUGGUCAGGAUUUCGCUAAACUUUUGGCCAAAGAGACCCAGGAGGAAAAGGAAAAUUCUGAUGAGGAAAAUGCAUCUGGCGAUGCGAAGGUUGAUAAGUCAAAUUACUCCCGUCAAAGCAGUGGUGUGAGUAGAAACAGUAUCACAUCACUGGAUUCUGGAACGGAAUCUGUAUUAGAAGAUGAAAGGCAACCCGUUCAGGAAUCGCGAUCCAAAGGAAAAAUUGGAUUGGACAUGUAUGGGAAAUAUUUUUCAUCGGGUUCAGGAUGGUUCCUUGUUGUCCUGGUGGCAUUCUUCUGCCUGGGCACUCAAAUUCUGGCUUCUGGAGGGGAUUACUUUCUCUCUUAUUGGGUAAAAAACAACGACUCCUCUUCUUCGUUGGAUAUUUACAUAUUUAGUGGAAUCAAUGUGGCCCUCUUGAUCUUUGCACUGGUCCGAACUUUACUCUUCUUCAGCAUGGCUAUGCAUUCAUCCACCCAGUUGCAUAACACCAUGUUCCAAGGUAUUUCUCGAACUGCCCUGUAUUUCUUCCACGCAAAUCCAUCAGGCAGAAUCCUGAAUCGAUUUGCCAUGGAUCUGGGACAAGUGGAUGAAAUACUGCCUGCCGUCAUGCUCGAUUGCAUACAGAUAUUCCUCACAAUCAGUGGAAUUAUAGGAGUACUGUGCAUCACAAACCCAUGGUAUUUGGUAAAUACCAUGACCAUGUUUCUGGCUUUCCAUUAUCUUCGUAAAUUCUAUCUAAGUACUUCGAGGGACGUGAAAAGAUUGGAAGCCGUAGCCAGAUCUCCGAUGUAUUCGCAUUUUAGUUCCACUUUGAAUGGCCUUCCCACCAUCAGAGCUAUGGGUGCUCAGGAAUUACUGACUAAGGAAUACGAUAACUACCAGGAUCUCCACAGCUCAGGAUACUAUACUUUCCUCUCCACAAAUCGAGCUUUCGGUUACUAUUUGGAUCUGUUUUGCGUGGUUUAUGUUAUAUCGGUAACCAUAAUGAGCUACUUUAAUCCCCCGCUGGAUAAUCCCGGACAAAUCGGUUUGGCUAUCACCCAAGCUAUGUCCAUGACUGGGACUGUACAGUGGGGCAUGCGGCAAUCCGCCGAGCUGGAGAAUUCCAUGACGUCCGUGGAAAGAGUGCUGGAAUAUAAGAACCUGGAAUCGGAAGGUGAAUUCGAGUCUCCAGAGGAAAAGAAACCACCCAAAAACUGGCCACAAGAGGGUGAGAUUAAGGCGGAAGAACUUAGUCUGCGAUACAACCCCGAUCCCAAAACGGAUAAAGUAUUAAAGUCGCUGGAUUUCGUUAUCCAACCACGCGAGAAGAUUGGCAUUGUGGGAAGGACGGGUGCCGGUAAAUCCUCCCUUAUAAAUGCCCUCUUCAGAUUGUCCUACAACGAUGGGUCCAUGGUGAUAGAUGGUAGGGAUAUAGCCGAAAUUGGACUUCACGAUCUACGCAGCAAAAUCUCCAUAAUACCCCAGGAACCAGUGCUAUUUUCCGGUACCAUGCGGUAUAAUUUGGAUCCCUUUGAACAAUAUCCUGACGAUAAGUUGUGGGAGACCCUAGAGGAGGUUCAUCUUAAGAAGGAGGUAUCCGAGUUGCCGAAGGGUCUUGAAAGUAUGAUCGCUGAAGGGGGUGCUAACUACAGUGUGGGUCAAAGGCAAUUGGUCUGCUUGGCCAGGGCAAUUCUUCGCGAGAAUCGCAUCCUAGUGAUGGACGAGGCCACGGCAAAUGUUGAUCCUCAAACAGACGCCCUCAUUCAGUCCACCAUUCGCCGGAAGUUCAAGAAUUGCACUGUGCUAACCAUAGCCCACAGGUUAAAUACGAUCAUAGAUUCGGAUAAGGUAAUGGUUUUGGAUGCCGGCAACCUGGUGGAAUUUGGAUCACCCUAUGAACUUUUGACGCAAUCCUGGAGCAAAGUAUUUUAUGGAAUGGUCUUACAGACAGGUCGUUCUAGUUUUGAUCAUCUUCUGAAGUUGGCACACCAGGCCCACGAAAGUAAAUUGCUAUCGGAAUAAAAGCCAUUUCUUUAAAUAAUUAUACAUUUUGCUAUCGCUUACAAUGAUGUGAAUCUUAUAUGUAUAUACAUACGUAGUUUUAAAUAGAUUUUGUUUAAAACAAAAUAGAAAACUCAUAAAAAAGUUGUAGAAAUACCACUAAGCUAAUAUUAGGCCGUUUUAAAUAAUAAAAUGGAAUGGUGCUGUAAAUUUCAUAAUUUUAAAUUUAACCGCGCAACA